AUGGAUGGAAGUUGUCUUCGAGUUGAUCCACCGUCUGUAGACUUCAAGAAUGUAAAAGUCGGUGAGAUUUACAAGAAAGCUGUCAAGGUUACAAAUGUUGGAAAAUCCUCGAAGAAAAUAUUGAUCAAGAAGCCUGCACUGAAGUUGUUGAAGUUCACUGGAUGCAGCCGAGCUGUAGUUUUAACUCCGGGCUUUUCUGUAACUGGUGUGCUGGAGUUCACUCCAGAGAAAGAGGAGGAGGUCAGUGACUGUCUUCAGAUUCUUAUAGAAGAUGGGGAGACCAUGCGUGUCCCAGUGCUCGGGAUUCCCAGGGCUUGCUUGCUUUUAAUAGAUCCAUUACUAGACUUUGGCUGUGUUCUCGCCAGCGGUCAAGUGAUUAGUAAGCAACAUCCUAUAACCAAUCAAGGAUCAGCACCAGGUUUCUUCCAACUUCAGUAUGAUGGAGACCCUUCACUCAACGUCUCACCGUCCAGUGGAACUAUAGCGAGCGGUAGCACCCAGUGGCUGAAAGUGGAGCUGUGCACAGACAAACCCAGACAAAUAGCUGAGGAAAUACAGGUGAAACUCCAGAAUGGCUCUCCUGUGGUUCUCAGUAUUAAAGCUACGGUUGUGGACCAGUGUUUGGAGGCUCUUGACCGGCAGGGGAAUCCACUGUCAUGCCUGUGGUUUGGACCGGUUUACUUUGGGACUUCCUGUGUGCAGAAAGUGGUUCUGAGAAACAAUGCACCACAGGCUUGUGACUGGGUCUGCCAGCUCCAGGAUAAAGCUGCAGGGACUGAGGUGGGAACAGACCUGCAGAGGAGCACAGGUGCCACCCUAGUGGAGAGCAUUGAGAAAGGCAGCGCAGCCUCUGCUGACAUCUCUGAGGUCUUGGCAUGUGUGCCUACAGAGGGACGACUGGGUCCAUAUGAGAAAACCACUCUGGCAGUGUGCUUCAGCCCCAUCAGGAGGUACGUUGUCUAUCUGAAGAAACGUGACUGCUCAGCUAGUCGGCAGGACUAUUGUCUUUUCCUAUUGUUUGAUUGUGUUGGACGCAAACACGGCUUCACUCAUCGUAAUGCCAACAGCAGCGUGGAGGUGGCGUUGGUAGGCUCCGGCCUCCCUGUGUCUUUAGUGCCAAGUCCUUCUCACAGAUUCAAUUUCCUCAGCAGUUCAACAGGGGAGCGUGUGGAUCUUCUGUGUGUGCUCCACAACCGCUGCGCUCAACUUCCCGUCAACUUCCGUUUCCGCAAAUUAGCACACUUCACUGCUGAGCCCUCUGCAGCCACCAUCGGCCCGGGUCAAUGCCAGGAUAUAGUUUUGGCCUUCAAUGCACGGCAGCAAGGGCAUUUCAAGGUCCAUCAGAAGCUGGAUGUACUAGGUAAAGUUGUCUCUCGUAGAGACGACACGACUGAGGAUGUAACAGCCCUUGAAGUUUGCUGCUUCCAUACCAUUACUCUACAUUUGGAGGCCAUUUGCCAACUCAAGAUGCAGGAAAGAAUCCAGAUGGAAUCCCGACCUUUCCCCAUGACAGAACCUCCACCAUCGGACCAGCUUCUUCACACAAACAGUAUGGAGAGAAAUGAGACUGUCUUUAGUGGUGCAUCACUCUGUCUUCAUGUGGACAACGGCUCUGCUUUGAUUAAGAAAACUGCGGAGCAAAGACAGCGGCAUCACCAGAUUUAUGCAGAUUCCAUCAACCUGCUCAGACAAACACGACUCCAAAGGAACCAGAAGAGACCACAAGAAAAAGUGGACAGUAAUGCGGACAUUGGGAUUCUUCUAUCUCAUGGGCUUGUUCCCCCUAAACUCACCGUCAGUGACCCGGGGGGGAGUAAUAACUCAAAGACGAAGUCAGAAUACCUCAGUUGUUCCCAAGUCACAGCUGCCAUUACCAAGAACAACAUCCAGGUGAGAGCAAAGGCUUCAGAGGUAAUAAAUGCAGUUCCUUCCACGAGCCAGGAGGUGGCAGACUGUUCAAAGAGUUUGACUGCACAGGAACAACUCCACGUUGUCGUUGAACCCAUGUUUGUGGACUUUGGCCGCGUGUGUGUACAGUCGGUGUGUGUUCAAACGCUGACACUCGUCAAUCACCUGUCAAAGUAUGUCUGGGUGCAGCUGGACGUAGACUGCCCUGAACUGCAAGUCUCCUCACCCCUUUCGUGCGUCCUGCCUCCCUUUUCUUACUACACCUUACCCCUGACCUUUCAGAGCAACAAGCUGGGCCACUUCUACCGAUCCUUGUCCUACUCUAUAAACACGGAGCACCCUGGUCAGAUCGUGGUCGAGGCCCAAGUCGUGCCCUUGACCCUGGAGCUGUCCACAAGCCUGCUCGUGCUCUCCCCCACUCCUGCUGUGUUUGUUGAAAGCGAAUACAGGAGCUCGGUAACCAUUCAAAACCACUGCAACCGUGCUGCGGAGUUCACCUGGCAGCCAGUGGUCACGGAGGACGGCAACUUGUUUUCUGUUCGACCUGCAACAGGUGUAGUGCAGCCACAUAGGGAGUUGGACUGUGAGGUGCUGUGGCAUCCCUCUUUCUCUUCCCCUUCAGAGGGCGACUAUAACCUCUGUGUCCACGAGGGCAACACCCAACGCCUACACUGUGUUGCUAAGGUUCCAGCCACUGCUGUCAACCUGAUAGAGAAGCAACUCAUGUUCGGAUCUGUGCCUUUCUACAUACCCUCCGUCAGGACUGCUGUUCUGCACAACACUGGGCAAAACCAUGCCUAUUUUCAGAUCCCAGACGUGUGCCCUCUGCCAGGAAUGGUGGUGAGUCCAUCUGAGGGGAUAGUGCCAAGCAAGGGGCAGGCCACGAUCAAGAUCCACUUCAACCCAAACUUUGUCAGCAAAUUUGACACCAGGGUUAAGAUAAUGCUGAGAAGCAUGAAGUCCAUUGAACUCAGAGUGUGUGGAUCAGUGGAGCGUCCAAAUAUAGAGAUCAGCAUGUCCCCUAUCCAGUUCCGUGCAGUAUAUGUUGGUUCUCAAGAAUUCAUUACAUUUGCUCUCAGAAACCACUCUUCAACUCCAGCCCGGGUCACUUUCGAUCUGUCAAAGUAUGAAGACUUCUCCAUCCAGCUCCAUCAGGAACCAGAGAAGGAGCCAGGGCUCAGUGUUGUGGAGCUCUCUGGUUGCCAAACUGAGAAAUGCUCCCUUGUCUUCUCCCCCACCCAGGCGGACUGCUAUGAAUUUAGCCUCCCACUGAUGGUCAACGGCGUGAAAUGGCCGAUUGCUUCAUCAUUUCCUAUCCCCACGCUAUCCUCCUCAUCCAACUCUCCUUUGAUGUCUGCCAUCAGCAGAGAGACUAUCAAACCACUUCCUCACUCUGCUUCUGUAGCAGCGCAGCAGUCAGUGGAGAUAAAGGCCACAGCCUUGGAUGCCCCUCUGGAGAUGACUCCCUCCAUCCUGCAGUUUCAUGUGGACCCACAGUUGGACAUUUGCACAAAGACAGUGGAAUUGAGAGCAGAGCUUGAAGAGAGUGUCUGCCAGCGUGGUCUCGUAGCAGAACGCGUUUGUUGGUGGUUUGACUGCAGUGAAGCAAAUGUACCAACUCAAAGCGGGGCCGAGCAGGGGCUGUGUGAACUGACGCCAUCAUCUGGCAAUCUGGGGCCUGGUCAGUCCACCUGUUUCUCUGUUACUAUCAACCCCAAGGCUAUCAGAACAGGAACUAGUGAAACAAAACUGUCCUUCCCUCUUUAUCUGGGAGUUAAGGAAGGGCAACGGAUACAAGGAAGUGAAGCACAGCAGCCCUAUAGAAAGCUGACAGUCACCAUUACUCUAGAGCUUCCAACUAUCUCUAUCCAGCCAUGUCAAGUCCUCCUGAGCCCGGUACCGUUGGGAAGAAGCACAGAAACCACAAUCACCUUGAUUGCUGCUGGAUAUCCAAGUGGAACAUGCGUAUCCGCUGAAGUCGAUGAGGUACAAAUGGAGAAUGGAACUAAGAUACAGCCCAUCUCUGUAACCUUUCCUGAAGGUAACAGUAUUCAUAUGAAGGAAACCAGAGUCUCCACUUUGCUCUGCCAUGUGUCAUUCUGCUGUGAGGUCUGUUUGUCCCUGUGUACAAGCAUCACCUUUACUGACCACCUGCAGAACAGAUUCAAGGUUAAAUUGUGUGCUAUUGCUGAAAACUGUAUGUUGACGGUUUGGCCGUACAUGGCGCUGCACCACUCGGAUCAACAGACAGUAAUCAAGACAGGGGUCAUAACUGUGGAGGCUACUCUUCAAAGCCAUAACACACUAAAUCCUGCAUCAGGACCGACUCUGUUCACCUCCUCAUUCGACUUUGACUGCUCAACAAAAAAGAGCUCAGCCUCUUCAGCCUCCUGCCCAGUUGGUGACGGUACGAGCGAUCAGGCCAGCAGGGAUAUGUGUCCUAACAGAGACACCAAUACCAGUCUCUGCACCCCACAUUUUCCUGCUGUCAACACAGAGAAACGACAGUUUUACCAGAACGUAUUACUGGCAAUGGAACAAUGGUUCAGCCUCUUUGGAUGGCCAAGUGGACCCCACCCUGUCAAGAUACCAUACACACUCCGAAGAGUUGUAUCAAAGAUGAGUACUCCAAAAUACUCCAGUGGACGGACUACAAGGUGAGUAUGUAUUGACUUAUGUUCCUAUUGUAGGUCUGUCGUGGACAUGCUUCAUCACUUGACUGGCAAAAACAUACCUGGAAUUCGUCUAUGUCAAAGUUUUUCCAGUGAUAUCACCCAGCGCACCAACCAGCUGCUACAACAGCAUGAAGCUAUGCUUGCUUUUCUCAGGGUGCAGGGAGCUUUCCUUUGUCACAUCCGACCAGAGUAUUUGUUAGAUCUGCCGGAGUUCAAACACUGGUGCUCUCUGCAGUCAAACAAUACAAAGGAUGCCCUGGAUUACAGCACCGUUGACUAUGAGUCUUUGAGCAAACGAGCCUGGACUGAUGUGCUUCUCCAAAUAUACAAGGUUCUGGUGUUGUGUCGCGUGUCAGAGGGAAGUCCGAACACAGCUUUGAACCCCAAAGACUCAGAGGAAGUCUGCCUAAACAGUUUACAGUCUCUAGGUAGCAACAUCUACUCACCCCAGGAGCUACAGUUGCUCUCAUGGCUCAGCAUGCACUAUCAAAGCAUGAGGAAGACUGUGUGGGACCAAGGUAUCCCAUCUGCACGCCGGAUAGUAAACUUUGACUUGGACUUAACAGACGGACUGGUGUUGGCUUGUCUGAUUGCUGCCUACUGCCCCUUUCUGAUCAGAAGCCACUUCUGGAGGAUGUAUACCACAGCUAACAGCCUUGAGCAGAUCUUUCACAACAACAUCAUUGUGGUUCAGGCUUUAACUUCUCUGCAACUCAACAUAGGCCUGCAGCCCUCAGAGCUGUCGGAUCCCAACCCGGUGCAGAUGUUAAUUCUGUGCGUUCAGCUGUAUGAGAUGCUGCCUCAGUAUCUACCGUUACACACCAUUACUUUAUCAGGAGGCCUGCACAGCACUUUCAGCAAGCAGGUACGACUGAAGAACCCGUCCUCUAGUCCCGUUAAAUACCAGGCUUUCCUUUUAGGGGAUGAUGCCCAUUUGUUCACCUUUCCUAAUGGAUCUUCAGUCACCAUUCCCCCACGGUCGAGCGCUGAACUGACUGUCCGGUUCAGCUGUUUUUCCCUCCUCCCAAUGGAGGCUGCUCUGUUCAUCUUCAGCUCUGCAUCUGGCCUUCGUUGCACCAUUCUGGCCUACAGUCUGAAGACACACGUCAGCCACAUCACACCGGCUAAAUCGGUCGAGUACAAAUCUCCAUGUUACCAGCUGAAAGUGAUCCAAGUGCCAGUAAUUAAUACCUUGAACCAAGAAGCUGAUUUCAGGGUGUUCCUGGUGGAAUCCACCUCCAAUCUGCUGGAACCUGAAAUGGGAAAAGAGCUUCAACAGGCAUAUUCCAAUGCCAGUAUAAAGGUGAUGGCCUCAGACAUGAUUGGCGACAGAAAGAUUAAAGAUGGCGAUGGUGAGUUCCUGAGUCCAGCAACAACUGUUUGUCUGAAGCCAGGCCAAGCAGAUACUCUAAGCAUCCUUUACCUGCCCUGCUUCCUCGGCAUCAGAUACUGCACCGUGCUGCUGGUUUGCCCACAGGUGGGAGAUAUGGUUUUUAUGGUGAAGGCAACAUCAGAAUUACCGCCUGCUUCCCCUCUCACCGCAAGGCCAAGUUGUAACUCAAUCUCCUUUCAAAAGAGCUCAGAUAGUACUGUGUGUGUACCAGCCCUGACCCUUCACUGCAAGGUGGGGGAAGUGUGUACGGUUGUACUCCAGGUUCCUCGGGUUAAUACGCUGUGGGAGCAGGCCCUGGCCAGCUGGGGGCAGCACUGUAUGAGCGCUGAGGAAUACAGGAGGCGGAGGCUUACACACACUCUGCACAGCAGCACUGUGAGGUCAACCAUCGCUGCACAGAAGCUGUUAAAGCAGCAGCUGUUGGAAAAGGUUUACGACAGUAAAGCCAUAGAGUACAAUGUGGAGGUUUCAAUGCCACGUUACUUCACCGUGCCGAGUACUGUUACAUUACCCAUAAGAGAAGACACAAACAUCUCAUGGGAGGAUCCUGCAGGUUGGGACUUUGUGGAUAUCCCACUACAAUUCCAGGCUGACUCUGUGGGGCACUUUACAUGCAAGAUGAUACUGAGGUCAUGUUAUGAUACCCGGGUCCACCUGUUGGAGGCACAGGUCACCUCACAGGGAGAGCUGUCUUUACAUAAUGACAGAGACGGCACACAGCACAUAUAUACCUUCCAGGGAGUGGGGACACCCCCCCUGCCUGUAGGCCAUGUGGUGUUACACUGCCCUGUUGGGAGGACCACACACACUCAGCUGGAUGUCCCCAACUACGGCCGGAACAACCUCACCCUGAAGAUGGUGACAGAUCUAUCUAUUUUAAGUGGUAUCCCAUCACUGGAGAUAAAACAUGGCAGCAACUGUCCCUACUCUCUGGCUAUAUUGCCAUGGAUACGUGGGAGAUGCACAGGCAUGGUGUCAUUUGUGGAACAUGGAGACAUGCAAGAGUCAGUUAACGACAAAGAAAAGGCAUUUGGACACUAUGAAGUUCAUUUCUCCCUUGAGAUAAUUUGUGAGCCUGCAGCACCAUUGAAGGUCAUAGAUGUGCAGUGCACUGCUCAGAGCGCAGUUGGCAUAGAGAUACCUGUCAGUAACCCUGGAAAAGAACUGCUGAUUCUGGAAGUGCACCUGGAGGGGGACGACCUGACUGGUGCCAGUUGGAUUUCAAUUCCCCCACGGGAGACACUCACCUACAAGGCUACAUUCAGCCCUGGGAGAGCUGGAAAGAGCACAGGCAGCAUUUUGUUCCAGUCAGAGAAAGUCGGGGAAUUCUGGUAUCAAUUACAGCUUUAUUCCCUCCCUCCUCUGGUCACCACACUACCACAGGCCUGCUGUCAGCUGGGCAAAUGGGUCAGGCUGAAUAUUCCCCUGGUCAACCCGACUGCUGAGCCUCUGGAACUCAUAGUAACCAACACGAACCCCAGGAACUACACACUGGAGAUGACGUCAGCACGCGUUUUCACUGUUGAUCCUAGGUCUUUCACCCACCUUGGUGUCAGAUUUCUCCCUUCAACUGUUGGACAGGAGAACCACCAGGGAAAGAUCAUUUUCAAAUGUUCUCAGUUCCAGGAAUGGUGUGUUUUGCUGAGUGGAUGUGGUCUAAACCCAAGUGGGAAGGGGCCUUUGUGCAUCUCAUCCAUGACUGGCGCGAGUUCCUCCAUCACCAUCCCGUUAACAAACCCCACCGAGUAUCCUGUCACUCUUAAUAUCAAACUAACAGAUGAGGACCCACGUGGAGCCCUCACCUGCCAUCCAGAUACUGAUGAAAGGGCCUUUUCUGUCCCUUUGAGACCCACUGAAGGUUUACAGAUCAGAAGCAGGGCAACCGUGGAUGUGCCUGUGGUGUUUACAGCUAAAUCUAUGGAGCUACAACAGACCUGGCUGUGCAUCACCAUGAAGGCCUUCCUGGAAAGCAACCUCAAAUUCAGCCCAAGGUUAGAGGAAGAGCUGCCAAGCAUUUGUUGGAUUUACUCCAUCUGUGGGAUCCCCAUUGAGGUGCCUGCCAAGAAUUUUCCACUCGCUGUCAUCCAGUGUGAAGCGGGUGGCCAAGUGGAAAAGGACGUGGACGUACAUCUCACUGGUUACAUUCUAGAUCAGGGAGUUACCUUUUUUAGGAUGGAAGACUUCCUGUGUGAGGUGUGCUCAGACCGUGAAGCUGGGUGCUCUGAAGAAGAGGAGGAAGAGGACUGCCUUUCCUCUUCUAUUCAAACGGCAAGGAAAGAUGCAGAAAAUGGCAUUGUUAUACUCACCCUUCAUCUGGUCUACACUCCCCUCAAGACACACAGGCGCUCCAACAUCAUAGCAGUGACGUCUGCGUCUGGACAUAAGUGGGAGUUUCCCAUCGUUCUCAUUGCAACAAAGCCUCAAGUGGAUGACGUCAUCCUGAUUAAAACAACCAAGCUGGGCCAGAAUUCAGCUGUGUGUUUCCAUCUAACCAGCACCACCAGGAAGUCAAAGCCAUUCACGACAGCGUUCCUGCCAGGCAGCAGCAGUGAGUUCACGGUUACUCCGACCUCAGGGACGUUACCUCCUGCUGGGACACCUGGAGUUCCCAUCACGGUGACCUUCACACCCACCGCCAGCUGCAGCAGACGCACAGCCAGACUGGCCGUCCAGGCAGCAGACAUGCAGUGGACGUAUGAGGUGAGAGGAAACACCCCUCAUGACUCCCCCUCCUCCAGGAUCAGCCGGCUGUCUGGUCCCUCUGAAGAACGUCCUCGUAACUGAGUAGAGAAACCUCCAUCCGUCCUCCGGCCCACUCAUCUCCUCUCAAAACAACAAUAAAAUGUCUUCAGUACCUCUGUGUU